AGUUCCACAGAUCGUGGAAAUAAUCAGUUCUCAAUAAGAAGUUUCUUUAUUUUGUCAAAACGUUCAAUUAUCAUCGGCAAAAUGAACAAGACACUCGUUUCGACGACGACUGCCAGCAAUACUACGAUAAAUAGUGCUGAUUUGAGGAAAGAACUCGACAAAAUCAAUGAAACCUUAUCAUCAAUCAGCGCGAAAGAGGUCCUCUUCAUCAUCACUCUCAGUUUUUUGGCAGUUUUUGCCGCCGUCAAUAUGUGCCUUUUGAUUCUGGAAAGAAGAAAGAAAAAGAAACAGAACUCGGUUCCCCAGUCCAUCGUAAUCCAGCCGAAUAAUGCGAAACCUGUCAGUAAGCCGGGCAAAAGUGACAAGUCAAAAGUUUCAUCUGGAUAUGAGAAAGAUGUUCUUCCAUCGAAGUCUAUGAAAAUGAAAGUUUCCAUUUCGCCUGAUAAAUCUGCUUCCAAGAAGUUGCGUGUUCCAUCUAAAGAGUCUGAAGACACUCAGCCAACCAAGUCAGAUGCAUCCCAAACUGAAAAGUCAACAAAGAAGCCUCCAGUGACUCUUGUUGAAUCUUCGGCCGAUGUGACUACCGCCGUUGAAUCGAUUUCCUCACAACAACAACUCGCUCCAGCUGCUCCAGUGGCUCCUCCGCAACUCACUCAAGCUUCUCCGGCUCCUGUUGCUCCAGCCGUAUUAGUCCCGGAAAAGGAGAAGACUGCAGACAAGUCUCAAUCGAAUGAUUCAUCAAUGACCUCGUUUACGGUACCAGAAGAAGCCACAUUCAAUCGUUCAAAGAGCCAAAGUACUGCACCAAAAGAGCCCACUCCAGCUACUCCAACUGCUACUACUCUCUCCGGAACUUCAUAUGUCAGCACUACAGGAACUCCGGAAGCAAUCAAUGUGAUCACUGCUAAGGAUGUCACCCAGGUCAAGUCCCCAAUGUCCCCAAUGCCCUCAAUGCAUACCCCAGAAGCCGCCCGUACCACGGAAAUCCGUCCGAUCUCUCCGGCUCUUCCAUCUGCUGCUCCACUACUCGUUAUCACUACUCCACCACCAAAUAGUGAGAAAAAGAUUUGAGGUGUUUUCAAUGUUUCCAACUGGAUGCGGUUCGUGUGUCUGAAGAAAAUCGUCGGUUCUCAAGAUCUCUAGUUUAUUGUAUUUUUGGCUUUGAAUAAAGACAUUUUAGUAGUU